CAAGUUACAGAAUCAAUUGAUUCAUAACUGCGACCUCAUAUUCGUGAAAAUCUUGUCACAGCUUUGUAACUGAUAUACUGUACGGAAACUAAUGUGAUAUAUAAUAUGAGAAAGUAUUCUGCUUAUCAUCGAAAAUUCUUCCAUUCCGCUUUCCGACCAGAUAGUAACUAAUGGAGGUAACUUGGCAAAUUUCACCAUGGAGGCUAUUGUACUAACUAUAUGAAACUAUUCUAGUAGAGGUAUAUAAAAUUUUGUAUUUAACGUAUAAAUCAUUCUCGACGGACAUGGGUUAAAGUUAUCUUGUGGAUCAUAAUUAAUUUAAUUUUCCCUAGAAAUGUUACAAAUUCGAAAUCCAAACAAAAAUAAAAGAAAAUAUGAUACGCAUUGAAAAACUAAUUAUGUAAAAUAAAUGAAGAUAGGGUAUUAUAAUUUAUAUGUCAAGGACCAAUUGGUUCUAAUAAUUCGAGUUGUUGAAAGAGGUUCGAUUCUGAAUUUUAUACCACAUAUACUAACACGUCCCCUCAAAUAAAAUCACUCAUAUAGUCUCGAAAUAGUAAAAAAAAAAAAAUUAUAGCACAUACAUUAUACUCAUAGAAAUAACUUAAGUUGGUGGCAGUCAGUGGCGGAGGGAGAGUGUGAGAGGGUGGGUCUCGGGACCCACCCUGAAUCGGAAGGAAAAUGGUUAGAUUAGUUAUAAUAAUCAAUUGAUAUUGAAAACUAGGAGGUGUCUAAUUGAGAAUAGUUGAUCGAAAAGUCUUGUGCACGAAUUUUGGAGACCUCAUUUCUUAAGCACACGAUAUUCAGAUUUGUGCACACUUCAAUUCUGUAUAAGCUAACUUUCUUAUGAGGGAGCGUGCUAGUAAAUGGUAUAAGAUAUAUAUUGAACAUCUCUUGAUAACUCGAGUUAUUGAUAUUGAAUGGUUCUAGACAAAGAACAUCAUUCAAAAAUGAACGACUAACUAAAUCAUUAAUUAUUGUUUGGUAUAAGUUUCAUUAUUAAAAUUCUCACAACAACUCGAAUUAUUGAUACUAAACGGUUCUUGACUGAACACAAUUCGAAAAAGAAUGACUAACUAAAACAUUAACAGUUGUUUGGUACAUAGAGUGAUAUUCUUGAUAUUAAACGGUUCUUGACAAAGAACAACAUUCGAAAGAGAACGACUAACUAAAUCAAGAAUUCUUGAUAGUUUUGCAUACUAAUGUAUUUUAAUUUAUCAGAAUAUACCAAAAUAAGAUUAUAUCAUGAAUGACUAGCAAAGUUAACAAAAAUGAUUUUAGCAUGUGUGUUGUUUUCUAAACAGACUCAUCUUAGACGAAAUUCUGGCUACACCACUGGUGGUGGCAGUUAAUUCUCAUACGUUAAAUUGUUGGGAGAGUUUAGACUUUAGAUAAAGAAUGUUAUAAAUUAUACCACAUACUUAGAGAAAUAGUAAUUAUUUUAUACUAACCGUCACAUCUUUCACAUAUAUAGCUCCCUCUUAUAUACAAACGAUCGACCCACCCUCCAAACCAUAACUCAUUACCAAACCAUAUAAUACGUACGCGACUUACGUUUUCAAAAUGGAGACGGACAAAACUGGGCGUGUUUCCUUCCUCUUCUGCUGCUUAUUCGGAGACCGUACGGCACGUCAUCAGAACGAGAGCAAAAAGAAGCAGCCGCCACAGCCGUCGUUAUCAUCAGCUUCGUCGGUCCUAAACGUGAAGAAACAAGUGGCGAAGCUGAGCUCAUUCCGAGGCCGGGUUAGGAUUUCGGAUCUUAGCAACCCGGACUCGUUGCCUGGGUCAUGCGGCCUCCACGUCUUCACCCUUGCCGAGCUUCGGUUCAUCACGCGGGGCUUCUCCGACAGCAACUUCCUCGGCGAAGGCGGUUUCGGCCCAGUCCACAAGGGCUUCGUCGACGACAAGCUCCGGCCAGGCGUCUUGAAGGCCCAGCCGGUUGCCGUCAAGCUCCUCGAUAUCGACGGCCUCCAGGGCCACCGUGAGUGGUUGACCGAGAUUGUAUUUCUGGGUCAGCUGAGUCACCCGCAUCUCGUGAAGCUGAUUGGCUACUGCCGCGAAGAGGAGCAUCGGCUCUUGGUCUACCAGUACAUGCCAUGUGGCAGCCUCGAGAAUCAUCUCUUCACACGUAAUUACUGUCCCCUCUUUUAAUUUUUUGUUAUAUAAUAAUAACAUAUACUGCUUGUGAGAGUUUAUUUUUUAAUAAUCAUUGCUUAAAAAAAAACACUGCUGGAGAGAGUUGGGCCAUGUUUGGGAAAAGUGGUAAGCGGCAAGUUGAGUAUGUUUAUGCAUCUGCCCAGCGACGAAGCUAUAUAUCUAAAAGGGUAAGUAAUUGAUACAAUAAUUGUUGGUGUCGUUGUGGCAAUAAUAUUCACCUAAUUGAGGACUUGGGUGGGAGAACAGGGUUUCAAACUUUGGCUUUUUAAUUUAAGCUUGUUUUAGUUAUUAAUUAAUGGGCAGCUCUUUUCCACCCCACUCAUCAGUCAUCACUCAUCACAAUCUAGCUUUUGGCUCUAUUUAGUUUUCCCUCUUCAAAAUUCUCAAAAUAUAUGGAAACGUAAUAAGAUGUAUUUAGUGUU